AUCUUUCUUUCAGCUCUAAAUAUUUUUCUGUCCAUUGCAGCAUUUUUGGGGAACACUCUGAUCCUAGUUGCCCUACACAAGGAAACUUCACUUCAUCCGCCGUCCAAACUCCUAUAUCGUAACCUCGCAAUAACUGAUCUCUGUGUUGGUAUCAUUGCUGGGCCUUUGACUGUGACUUAUUGGACUUCUGUUCUUAAAGAAAGAUGGGAUAUUUGCUAUCACGCAAAUGAGGCACAAACUUUCUCAGGUUAUAAAAAGUUGUGUUCAGUUUCUUUAUUAACAUUGACUGCAAUAAGCGUGGACAGACUUCUCGCCUUGUUACUGGGGCUCAGAUACAGACAAGUUGUAACUUUGAGAAGAACGUUUAUAACUGUGAUUGCUUUAUGGAUUUUGUCCAUCGUUAGUGCCUGCACUUCUUUUUGGAAUCCUCUUAUAACUUCAUGGUAUCAAUACAUAGGUACAGCUCUGUGUCUAGUCACCACAAUCUUCGCUUACACAAAAAUUUUCCUCACUCUACGUCACAACCAAAUUCAUGUUGACCAUGUUCGGAGCCAUGUUUUUCCAGGACAACCAAGCCAAGCAAUUCCACUUAACAUAGCUCGAUACAGAAAGGCAGUGAACAGUGCACUGUGGGUACAGAUAACAUUGGUUGUUUGUUAUGUGCCGUUCGGUAUAGCGGUCGCUUUGACACCUCGGAGAGGGAUGCCUUUAUCGACCUACCUUGCUCGAAAUUAUGCGGCUACCAUCGCUUACUUAAACUCAUCUUUAAACCCCUUUCUGUACUGUUGGAAGAUGAGGCAAGUGCGGCAAACUGUGAAAGAAACACUAAGGCAACUCUACUGUUGA